AUGUAAAGCUAAACGAUUACUCAGAACAAUCAUGCUAAUCCUUAAGUAUGGACUGUUUGUAAUAAUUGUAAAGAUUAUGAUCAAGAUACUGUUUAAUUUGCAGGAUAGAUUUCUGACUCUAAAGACCCAUUCUCAUCUGUUUUUGGAGAAGGCUUCAUUAGAGUCAAUUAAGAAAAAAUAACAUUUUCUUAGCAAGGAUUUGUUACUGCAUUCAUAAAAAUUUUAGAAUAAUUAACUUAUUCUACUUUGUACAAUGAUGACGCAUGCUACUUGAAGCUGAGCAAAUUUGGAAAAGAAACUUUUGUAAAGAUGAGUCCAGAUGCUCUAGACUAAGUUGAUAAACUACUCAAAAACAUAAUUUUUAAGUAGGAUUUUUCAGAUAGCUACGAAGUCAUAAGUUUUGUUGGAAAUGGUAGCUUUUCAUAAGUUACUUUAGCAAAAAAUAAAAGAGACAGCAAAAAUUAUGCAGUAAAAUCGAUUUAAAAAAAUAGGGUUGUAUAAAAUGAGUAAAGUAAGAAAGAGCUGAUGAACGAAAUAAAUCUUCUCCGCAGGAUCAACCAUGAAAAGGUUGUAAAGUCAUAUGAGUUCUUUUAGACUGAAAGCUAAUACAAACUCGUGCUGCAUUACUACGAAGGAGGUUCGCUGGAGUAAAAACUUGAGAAAUCGAAGGGUUUUACGUUAUUCUAAAUAUGUGAUAUGAUGAGAUAAAUUCUUUAAGGCUUUUCUUAUCUCCACUAAAAUAAUAUCAUGCACAGAGACUUAAAACCAGAUAAUAUUUUGUUCUUUGACAAAGAGUCAUUUGAUGUAGUAAUUAGUGACAUGGGGCUAUCUCAAGAUGUGAAUGAAAAUUUUGUUUUUAAAAAAUGCGGAACACCAGGAUAUGUAGCUCCUGAAAUUUUAAAUUCAAUUACUGGCACUGACUAUGGAGUUAAGAGUGACAUCUUUUCUUGCGGAUGUCUCUUUUAUAGAUUAGUUAUGGGUUAGCCUCUAUUUGAGGGUAAAUCUCAUGUAGAAGUGUUAGAAGAGAAUAGAAAGUGCAAAAUAGAUUUAUCUUCUACAGAAUUUAAAAAACUACCCUAGUAAAUAUAAAAGGUUAUUGAAAAUAUGCUCUAAAUUAAUCCAGAAAAAAGAAUUUCUGCUUAAGAAGCGCUGGACUCUUUUUUUUAUAGACUCAAUGCAGAACAACAAUAAUAUUUUUGCAAAAACUUAUAAAAAGCAAAGCUUCAUCAAAGAAAAAAUACAGGAACUUAAAUAGAGCAUACAAAACUAAAUAGUUAAAAUCCUCACAAAUAAAGGUAAUCUGUUUAGAUACAUAAUUUAGGCAUGUUAAAUAACUCUCUAAAUGGUAUAAACACUCCUAAAGGAUCUUGUUCUUCCAUGAGUAGUAACAACUCUUUACCUAAUACACCAACCUCUAAUGCAACCAAUAAAGAUAAGUAGGAUGUUAGAAAAUCUCAAUAUUGCAAAUAAACUUCGUUAGAAGUAACGGAAUAAUAAUAAAAAAAGCAUAUUUAAAGUAAAGAAGAAUAGUUUAAGUCAUAAAGAAAAAACUCUCCUACAAAGUAAAGAUUUAGUAAAGAAGUAAGCCCUGACACUAAAAAAAUAAGUAAAAUUAAGCUUUUGGAUCACCAUACACUUCUAGAUAGCCCAAUUAAUACAGGAGCCAAGAAAAUUAUAUCAGAUGGAAAUAAGAUAACAUUUCCUAAAAAAAGUUUAUAAGAAGAUUAAGGAAAACAUAACACAGCAAAAUGA